AUGGCCAUGCAGCAUCAGAUCGACAGGAACAAAGCCGCCACGUGCAACGACUUGAUCGCGAAGCUGGGAUACCAAGCAGGACGACGGCUUCAAAAACAUCGACGCUUUACUCGGAACCAAAACCAUGCACUUGACCUGCCCAAUCCCUUCAGUCCCUUUUUCACCGUGACUGCUCAGGAUGUGCUCGCCAAACUCAAUCGACGAGUGGUUCUGGUUGCCGCCGACCACUGCAAUAUUAACCGUGGGAGAGCCGACGAGAGAGGCGACAAUAACCGUAACGUGCUCAAAGGGUUCAAAGCCCUGAUCAGUAAUAUUCAAAGCAAGGCGGUCGACUUUGGUGCCCUGACUAACCCUCCUGCCGGAUGGAUCCGGGCCUCUGGACACCACUUUGCCAGCGAUGAUGAGGCCGUUAACCCAUUGAGGGCCGGGCUCCCACAGCCUGUGAAAGCCAUCAACAAGACCUACGACACUGGUCUGUCGUCCUCUCGCUGGAGAAGCAAUAAGAGUGACGCACUUCCGGACCGGAGCCAGCUGUCCCUUGAUGACGGCGCAGACCUCUCGAGGGUCGCGAAAGCGAUUCAGCGCAAGAGUCGGCGCGGCGGCGAUGGAAAGCUGGUCUGA